ACAGUGACAAGCGGAGUGGGGGCGUGGUUUUAAUCUAUCCACCUGGGGCAGGUAGAAUUACAAGACCUGUGAAUAACGACCGCUCUCCUUCGUGGAAUGAUAGGAGAAGCUCGCCGAUCCAUCUUUGACACGAGUCCUAUCUGCAGUUUGAGCUGACAUUAGAUGAAUUACUGUUUACUCCGAACACCGCCUUGCUUUUGUUAUGUUCUAACUGAUGUUUGGAGGGCGCCUCAGCGUUACAGGGGAGCUACCUGAAGCCGGAACUUCAAAGCAGACGGAACGUGGAACCCCGGGCGCUUUAUUGACGAAGCAGCAGUGGGUGAUGCCAUCAUGCCAGGAGAGCGCCCGUCCAGCGCCCGUCACCCAGGAGACCACACUAACACCCAGCGCCCCAGCAGCAGUCAGAGCCCUGGAGGGAGGAGCACGGACUCCACCUCCACCCCCAGCCCCGCCUGUCUGCCCUGGAGGACUGGACCUGUACCUGGAGCCCGUCAGGGCCCUCAGGCAGACGGACGGCCCAGAGGAGUGGCCCUCGCCUGGGUCCCUGAGUCAGGACGGGACCCUCUCUCUGGAGGGCCAGAGGCUGGAGAGGCGUUGGCUCUUGUGGCAUGAGUUCAUGACCGACCGCUCCCACCUGGAGGACUGGCUCCAGCGGGCCGAGCAGCUGGCCGCCUCCCCCAACACCAGUCACGUUCUGCACGCCGUCGCCAAGGAGGAGCUCAACAAGUUUGAGGCGGUGCACGCUGAGUGUCGGGUGCGUGUGGCCCAGCUGGACUCGCUGACCCUGCAGAGUUGCUCCCUGCUGCGCCUCUUUGACGGAACCAUGCGGGCACGGCUGGUUGCCAUGACGAAGGACUGCAGCCAGCGCUGGGACCGACUCACGGAGGCGGUGGAGUGCGUUUGCCGACGGCUACGGCACGGUGUCUCCCAGAGGGACUCGUUUGACACGCAGAGGGAGGAGAUGGCCGUCUGGCUGGCAGACAUGGACCUGCGCCUCACCGAGGUUGAGCACUUCUCCACCAACAGCACCGUCACCAAGAUGCACCAGCUGCAGAGCUUCCAGGAGGCUGUGGCUGAGAAUGCGUCCCGCCUGAGCGGGCUCCUGGAGUCUGGGGAGGCUCUGAUCCAACGCAGCGAGCCGGCGGACGCCCAGACCAUCGAGGGCCAGCUGCAGGAGCUCCUGCUCUACUGCGCACACGUGUUCGAGGGGGUGGGGCGCCUGCACACACGCCUGCUCAGUAUGAGACUGGUGUUUGAGGAGGACUGGGCUCUGGCUUCACACGUGGACUCCGGGUGCCCGUCCGAAACCCUCCCUGACGACGAGGAGCCCUGUGAUUGGACGAACACCUCCAAGCCGAAGGCUGGCCCCGCCCACUCCCCUCAAGACCACCUCAUGCUGGAGUGGGACCCCUCAGUGGACAUCGGCGGCUCAGUCUCCCAUGACGACGCAGACUCCUCCUACUUCAGCGCAACCGCAGGUGGGUGUCAGGUGGAGGAGUUUCAGGGUGGAGACGCCACCGGCAGGAGGAAACCACACCUGAGCUCCACCAAUCUCCGCAAGGUGCGUCUGAGCAGAGAUGAAGGCACGGCUCCGCUCCCACAAGCCCCUGCGGCCACGCCCUUAGGCCUCAGUGAGUCCAGCCGUUUCAGUGGGAGCUUACCCCAGCGCCACGCCCUAUGCCACACCUCCACCCCCAGCGGAUGCUCCCCCGAGCCGGUGACCUUUGACCCUGAGCGCAUUAGCGCGUGGCUGGGUCAGACGGGACGGCACGUUACCAUGGUGCCUGAGAAAAGGCCCUGCUCGAAGUCUGUCCAAACAGAGCGCACUUUGGAGUGCUCCAGCUCCACAGAGCAGUGGGCUCUGACUGCCGCCUGCCUUCAGAGACACGACGGUCCCCCGCACCAGGACCAGACAUGUGCCCCCGCCAACACCCACCCGACCCGGUCACAUGACUCCCAGAGCCGCUCCGAUUGGACGGGCCGCUCGUGUCACUCCCAGUCACAGUGUCUGGAGGAAGGGCCCAUCUGCCAUGAUCCUCAGGAGGAAGAGGAGGAGGAGGAGGAGGAGGAAGAGAAGCCCCUGUUUAAACCCUGUGCCACCUGCUGGUCGGAGGACUCCCCUGCGCGGCUGCAGAGCAGACGGAGCUGGUUGCCCUGGCGCCUGAGGGAGAUGCCUGGCCUCCUCGCCCUCCUCGCCCUGCUCGGCCUCCUGCUGGCCCUCCUGCUGAUGCUGACGGCGGCCGCCUGGUACCCCGAGAUGGCGUGUCACCGUGCUAACGGACUGGGACGCUCCUUCCACCUUGCACUGCGAUAUGUCAACGGCCCCCCGCCCACCUGAGGGGAGAGAUGCACCCCCCGCCACCAAGAGUGGGCGUCCAUUGGGAGCUGUAUUGUGUGUGUGUGUGUGUGUGUGUGUGUGUGUGUGUGUGGGGGAUGUGAUGUGAUGUGAUGUGUUUGGGCAUACAAACUAUCAAGGGUGUCAAUCUCUGUCUCUCUCAAACACAAACAUGCACACACACACACACACACACGCACACACACGCAGGAGAAGGGGAUGGUAGCUUUUGCACUAGUUGCUGGCCAGGACAGGGUGUAGCCACAGUCCUUUCAUCAUGUGACUCUGGAACAGAUCCCGCCCUGUAGCGGGCAAACUCUCUGCCAUAGCUGGCCCUCACCUGGCCCUCAUCCCAGCCAGAAUCAGCAGCUAUGUAGGUAGAGGGAAUUUUAAAGAAGAACCACUAAGCUGAGGUAGCACUUGAAUAUAGGAUCUGCGCUUGUUCAAUAUGUAUGACAGUAGAUAAGCUGAUUAGGUAGAGAAUGUCAUAUGGAAGAGGAGGUUGGGGGGAUGUAAUGCACUUGCAUGGAGAGAGCUUCUGCAUGGCCACUGGCUUCAUUCUAGUUCCAAAGGGGACGCUCUUCGUGUGCAACUGCAGCUCUGAAGAGCAUUCUGGUCAGGCAUGGCCAGGAUGUCCGUACAUUAUUGCGUAAGACCACAUCCAAGAGCACAUUAAUACAAAUGAUUGUUGUUGAGAACAGAUAUCAUGUUGCCUUUUGGAUGAGAUUUGACAAAGCAUUAAAAAAAAAAAAAAAAAAGCAAGGUCCCUACUAUGCAGGGUGUGUGUAGACAGGCUUUGAUAUUUUUGAUUAUGUACUGUGUCUGUAUGAAUUUGUAUUUGUGUGUGUGUGUGUGUGUGUGUGUGUGUGUGUGUGCGCGUGCGUGCGUGUGCAACAUUGCUGCAAUAUUAUUGUUUGUUUUUUAUGUGCACAGCCUGAGGGAUUGGGGGUGGGGGGUGUUGGAAGCAGUCUGCCCUAAAAUAAUCUAAUCAGCAGCUGAAAUACAGAUGUAGAAAUGCUUUUUGAAACAAAUAAAUUGUCUAUCUUUGAAAUGAUUUUGUAGCACCAUUUGUAAGUGUAUUUGUUUUCAUAUGUCAUAAAUAAAAGAGACAUCAUAAGUACAA